UGAACCCACAAUUAAGAGCAUUCUCUCAUAAUCAUUAUCAAGAUUCAGGAAGGAAAGAAACAAUGAGGGCAAGAAACUGCAAGAUUUUUUCACUAAUCUUCAUGUUCCUUGCUGUGUCUUCAGCCUACGCAGGCAAGAAGAAGCGGCACUACAAACCAUGCAAGGAAUUUGUGAUGUACUUUCACGACAAUCUUUACGAUGGAACAAACGGAGCUAAUGCUACUUCUGCCAUUGUGGCUGCACCAGCUGGUGCUAACUUAACCACAUUAGCACCUCAGUUCCAUUUUGGUAAUAUAGUAGUGUUUGAUGACCCCAUUACCCUAGACGACAACUUUCACUCGCCACCGGUUGGUAGGGCACAGGGCCUGUACCUUUACGAUGACAAGACCACCUUCACUGCAUGGCUAGCUUUUUCAUUUGUUCUCAAUAGCACCGAUUACCAAGGCACCAUUAAUUUCGUCGGAGCCGAUCCCACUUUGGUCGCUGUUAGGGAUAUUUCAAUCGUUGGAGGUACCGGAGAUUUUUUUAUGCAUCGAGGAAUUGCGACGGUCAGUAGUGAUGCUUUUAUUCCUCCGGCAUACUUCAGGGUUAAGAUGGAUAUUAAAUUCUAUGAUUGUUGGUAAUAUAUGUUAUAAUAGGUAAAUUUAGAAUCUACUAUUUAUCUGUAUUGUAAUAAGAUGAUAUUUAUUUCCUUUUACGGGAAAUAAUAAAUUAAUAAAAUGUAUUAA